AUGACUCCCACAAGCCAUGAACUGGUAGCCGAACAGAUUUCCACAACUUCUCUCCUCGUCGUUGCUACCCGUGGUGCGCAGCGCAUGGUCAACCUCCAAACCCGCAUGCUAACGGCGGCCUUCCGUAGCCUAUCGCGGGUGACAAGAGCGGCGAUCCCGAGGGCCAUGCCCAUGCGGCCCAGUGCUACUUUAUUAUUCCUACCCCGCCAUCCCGUUCGUCAACUUCACGCAGUCACCAAUUCAACUCUACGCGCAACCAAUUUUCAAGACUCAAUUGUUCCAGAAAAAGUGCGCCCUGUUGCGUCAACUCCCUCUGCCUCGUUUUCCAGAAAUCCGCGCGCUCACCCCGCCCUUGGCCUGUUUCCCAGUAAACCCUGCCGGACCACCCCACCCACCACUCAGCGACUCUUUUCCUCGAGUGCAGUCAAUAUGACCGGCACGAAGAUCGAUGGCACGGCCAUAGCGAAAAGCAUACGGGAGAAACUCGCGGCGGAAAUUCAAAGCUCGGUGAACCCGAGAUAUCAGCCGAGCUUGGUUAUAUUUCAAGGCAGACUUGCCAAAUUCCCCGAGGAAAUCACAGAGACAGAGCUCAUCCAAGAAAUCAACAAUGCGAACAACGACCCGUCGGUACAUGGCAUCUUGGUCCAAUUGCCCCUCCCAAACCAUCUCUCGGAGCAUACAGUCACGUCCGCAGUCGCGAACGAAAAGGAUGUGGACGGGUUCGGAGCUAUCAAUAUUGGUGAACUGGCAAAACGGGGUGGGAAGCCGCUGUUCGUCCCAUGCACUCCGCAAGGAAUUAUGGAACUGCUGCGCUCUAGCGGCGUAGAUUUGGCAGGAAAAGAGGCUGUCGUGUUGGGACGGAGUGAUAUCGUUGGUAGCCCCGUCAGCUAUCUCCUAAAAAACGCCGAUGCGACUGUCACUGUCUGCCAUUCAAAAACGAAGAAUCUCCCCGAGGUCAUCAAAAAGGCAGAUAUACUAGUCGCGGCAAUUGGAAAGCCAGAAUUCGUCAAAGGCGAUUGGCUGAAGCCGGGUGCCGUAGUCAUCGACGUUGGAACGAACUACAUUCCCGAUGCGUCCAAGAAAUCCGGUCAGCGCCUUGUGGGAGACGUCGAAUUUGCGAGCGCUGUAGAGGUGGCGUCCCAAAUCACACCAGUACCCGGCGGCGUUGGCCCAAUGACGGUAGCGAUGCUUCUUCAAAAUGUGGUCAACUCGGCCAAUACAUACUUUGAGAAGCUCAAGGACAGACGCAUCUCUGCCCUACCAGUCAAGCUCCAGACUCCCGUCCCAUCUGAUAUUGAAAUCUCCCGCGCACAGCGCCCGAAGCCUAUUUCGCAAUUGGCCGCUGAAAUUGGAAUUGCGCCUCACGAACUAGAGCCAUAUGGUCAGACGAAAGCCAAAGUAAGUUUGGACGUCGCGUCGCGUCUCGCUCAUCGCCGGAAUGGAAAAUAUAUCCUCGUUUGUGGGAUCACACCAACUCCUCUCGGAGAAGGCAAAUCCACCACCACAAUGGGCCUCACCCAAGCUUUGGGUGCCCAUCUGAACAGAAUUACUUUUGCCAAUGUGCGACAACCCAGCCAAGGCCCGACGUUUGGUAUCAAAGGUGGUGCCGCUGGUGGUGGCUAUAGUCAGGUUAUUCCCAUGGACGAGUUUAACCUGCAUUUGACCGGCGAUAUCCAUGCUAUCACUGCUGCUAACAACCUUCUGGCAGCCGCUCUAGAAACGAGAAUGUUUCACGAGUCUACUCAAAGCGAUGCUGCGCUAUACAAGCGGUUAGUCCCCGCAAAGAAAGGAAAGAGAGAAUUUCAGCCAAUUAUGUUCCGAAGACUACGGAAACUGGGUAUCGAAAAAACCAACCCCGAUGAGCUCACACCAGAGGAGAUUAACCGCUUUGCCCGUCUUGAUAUCGAUCCUGAUACCAUUACAUGGCGCCGCGUUUUGGAUGUCAACGACCGACACCUCCGGAGUAUCACUGUCGGUCAAGCUCCAACGGAAAAGGGCCAUACCAGACAAACCGGGUUCGACAUCUCAGUCGCCAGUGAAUGUAUGGCAAUUUUGGCUCUUAGCAACGAUCUCGCUGAUAUGCGAGAACGUCUCGGGAGAAUGGUGGUUGCUACCUCGAAAAAGGGGGAUCCCGUCACGUGCGAUGACAUUGGAGCCGGAGGUGCGCUCACCGCAUUGAUGAGGGACACCAUCAAGCCGAAUCUGAUGCAAAGUCUGGAGGGCACACCGGUCUUUGUGCACGCUGGUCCAUUUGCCAACAUCAGCAUCGGAGCCAACUCGGUCGUUGCAGACAAGCUUGCGCUCAAACUCGCUGGCACAGAGCCGGAUGAAGACCACGAAUCCAAGACCGGUUUCGUCGUCACCGAAGCUGGAUUCGACUUCACCAUGGGCGGUGAGCGCUUCUUCAACAUCAAGUGUCGCUCGUCUGGGCUCGUCCCGGACACCGUGGUUAUUGUCGCCACAGUACGCGCCCUAAAGGUUCAUGGCGGUGGACCCGACAUCACCCCUGGUGCAGCACUGCCAGAGGUUUACAGGAAAGAAGAUACCGAGCUUCUACGACGCGGCUGCAUUAACCUCAAGAAGCAUAUCCAGAACGCAAAGCAAUACGGGAUUCCCGUCGUGGUUGCCAUCAACAAAUUCGAAACCGACACAGAAGCCGAGAUGGCUGUCAUCCGCGAGGAAGCCAUCGCCGCGGGAGCGGAAGAUGCCAUCCCCGCAAACCACUGGGCCGAGGGUGGUGCCGGUGCUGUUGACCUCGCCAAGGGGGUCAUCAUCGCUAGCUCGAAGCCCAAGGACUUUAAGCUGCUGUAUGAUCUCGAGGGCACGAUUCAAGAGCGGAUUGAGAAGAUUGGCCAGCUCAUGUACGGUGCCGACCGGGUGGAGUUUAGCGAGCUCGCGCAGAAGAAGGUGGACACGUACACGAAGCAAGGGUUCAGCAACCUCCCUAUUUGCAUUGCAAAGACACAAUACUCGUUGAGUCACGACCCCAGCCUCAAGGGCGCUCCUACAGGAUUUACAGUGCCAAUUCGAGACGUGCGACUGGCCGUGGGCGCCGGGUACCUCUAUGCAUUGGCGGCCGACAUCCAAACAAUCCCAGGUCUUCCAACUGCCCCAGGUUAUCUCAAGGUUGACGUUGAUGCCGAGACCGGAGAAAUCGACGGGCUCUUCUAA